GACUUUCAAUGGCUGAGGAGAAAGCUUUAGAAGGAAGAAAGAGAGAGAAAAAACCAUAUUCUUGAACAAAACCUUAAUUAGAAAGAAAGGAGAGGGAGAGAGAGAAGAGAGUUGGUGAAGAGGAGGAGGAGAGGAGCCAAACAACCGGCGGCAGCGACUUGAAAUCUCCGGUGGUUUCGUUCGCUGGCCGCGAGAACAACUGACAAGGAUUGAAGACAAUGGUGUUUAUGUUUUGAGUCUGAGGCUUGAGGAAGAAGAAGAUGGGGAGGAAGAAGAGCAGUCAUGUCCAUAAUGCUCCUUCUGACGACGACAACAACAUGUAUUCUAAAGAUUCUAAACCCAAGAGGAUCUACCAACUCUGGCCUGGCAACAAUAAAUUUUACUGCGGAGGGAGACUAGUGUUUGGUCCAGAUGCAUCUUCACUUCUUCUGACCACAGCUAUGAUUGGAGCUCCUGCAAUCACUUUCUCCAUUCGUAUGGCUUUCAUGAUCGGAAAGCGCUAUCCUUUCUUCCACUCCCUUGUCUUGAUGGGUUCCCUUUUGCUCACUGUCUUGGAUUUCACAUUUCUCUUCUUAACAUCAUCGAGAGACCCCGGCAUCAUCCCGAGGAACAAAGACUCACCUGACGGAGAAGGCCUUGAUAAGAUCACUCACUCCUCAGAGUGGGUAAACAACAAGCUCGGUAACACAAAGUUACCUCGAACCAAGGACAUAUUAGUGAAUGGGUACACUGUCAAAGUUAAGUUCUGUGAUACUUGUUUGCUCUACCGUCCUCCUCGCGCCUCUCACUGCUCCAUCUGCAAUAACUGUGUCCAAAGAUUUGAUCAUCACUGUCCUUGGGUUGGCCAAUGCAUCGCUUUAAGAAACUAUCCGUACUUCAUAUGUUUCAUAUCAACUUCAACGCUCCUCUGCUUGUACGUCUUUGUCUUCUCAUGGGUCAGCAUACUUGAGGCAAACGGCAAGAUGUUGUUAAUGGUCAUAACGGAUGAUGCAAUAUUUAUUGUUCUCAUCGUCUACUGCUUUGUCGUUGUGUGGUUUGUUGGUGGACUCACUGUUUUUCACCUCUAUCUCAUCUGCACCAAUCAGACAACUUAUGAGAAUUUCCGGUACCGAUAUGACAAGAAAGAGAACCCUUAUGGAAAAGGUCUGUUCAAGAACCUAUAUGAGUUGUUCUUUGCUAGGAUCCCACCUCCAGUGAUCAACUUCAGAGACUGGGCUCCAGAGGAACCUGAUGUGGAGGUUGGUUCCAUUGCAUCUGAGCUAGACAGAGCUUUUGGACCAAGGGGAGGAGGAGGAGAUAAACAUGAUAUGGAUAUGGACAUUGGAGGAGACUGGAAAACUAACAAAGGCGGUUUGCUUCUCCAGACACUUGAGUAUGACAUCAACAACAAGAACAACAAAGUUGAAGAAACUGUUAAGAAGAAAGGUUUAAGUGAUGGAACCGUAGAGACCACCACCACCACCACAAUGUUUGAUGUGAGAUCGAGAUAAAAGACAGAGAGAUCUCUUGUUGAAUCUUUGCGCCUGUAAAAAUUUAAAAUCCUUGAUUACUUUGUGUAAACUUUCUUACUCCUAAAGCCAUACAACUCUUGUCUUCAA